UCCAAUCCCCAUGCAAAAAAAGAACCACUCUUUACUCAACUAGGGAGGCGGGAGCCUUCGCAAUGCAAUCCUGGCGCUAGCUCGGGGGAGUUCACUGUCAGAUCUGGGGCGUUGAGACGAUGUUAUAAUUCAAUUAUCCCAUCUACUGAUUCUAUCCGGCGGUCGCGCACGACGUUCGAGCAGAAAUCGUGGCAAAUCAAAGGCCGCUUAUCGAAGAACGUCCGACGACCUAGAGCUAUCGAUUGGAGCCACAAUCGAACUAUGGUUACAUAUUUCAAUGAUGCCCAACCUAUGGGAUUAUCACCGGCUCUACAUAGAUACGCUUGUAUCCGUUGCCGACAAAGGAAAGUUAAGUGCGAUAAGACACUCACAGGCUGCGCCAACUGCAAAAGAUAUGAGGUCGAGUGCAUCUUCUCAGCCAGACGACCAAGAAAAAAGCAAAACCCACACUCCGGAACAGCGCUUUCAAAGCCAGGUCGUCCCGCCCCGCAAGAUUUUUCGGCAGAGAAGAACGAAUCGUUUCGAGCCGAAGACUUUGGUGGUGACGAUUCUGAAGAAGAGGAGGAGGAGGAUGAAGACUACGAAGACGACCAUCGAGUGAUAGCCUGUUGGAGUGUGCAAAAUCAGCCAUGCCAUUGGAGCGGAAAUGCUAUUGAAACCAACCAAGGAAGGCUGAUAACUGAUGCUCAUGGGAAGUCAUACUUCAUCAAUAGUGAUAAAGCCAGUCAGGCUUCAUACUUUGAAACGGCCCUCGGUGGCGACACAGACGACAAAUUACCGGCAUCGGCCGAACAAUGUUCGGUAUCAACGAAUCGAUGCGAGCAUCUGGACGCAAAUUCCCUUCUUACAACGGCCAGAGGUCAUGGUAGUCUUCGAACUUUCUACCCUCAUUCGAAUUUGAUUCCGAAGUUCUGGGACCACUAUGCUCUGCACGUGGAUACCAUGUUCAAGGUGCUCUUCAAACCAAAUGUUGCUCGCCUCAUCCACGACGCUUCUAGUGGGUUUCCAGUCGAUCCUUCUGGUGAGUCGCUGUUGUUUGCCGUCAUUUAUGCUGUCAUAGCAUCGAGCCCCCCGGAAGAGUGUCGUGCUCUGUACGGAGCAGAGAGAAAACAGCUCCUUCGCAAGUACAGAAUUGCCCUCGAACGAGCUCUAGUACAAGCAGGAUGGAUGGCUACCCAAGAGAUCGUGGUACUUCAAAGCCUUGCGAUCUAUUUGGCUUUCGCAUCGGAUAGAUCGCGUUCGACAUGGGUGCUUAGCGGCAUGAUCAUUAGCCUGGCACAAGCUAUGGGCUUGCACACGGAUGUCGCCUCCUCAUCGCUAACUGCAGCCGGCAUCGAAGUUCGCCGUCGCGUUUGGUGGUCACUAUGCCAAAUUGACGUUCGUGUGUCCAAUAAUUGCGGGCUUGAACCUCACGUACCCCUCGUCGUGGACUGUCAGCUCCCGCUUCACAUCAACGACGCUGAUCUUGAAUCGGAGCGAGACAUCGACAAUAUCACGCCCAGAGACGAAAAGACCGAAAUGACUCUGACCUUGAUCAGGGUUGAGAUGGUUUAUACCACGCUGAGAUUCACACGAGCACGAUACAAGCUGUCCCCUACCGACAGAGAGACCCUGAUCAAAGACCAAAUGCAGCGGUAUUCUGAGGUUUACAUGAGAUACUUCACAGACUGCUCAGAAUUUUCACGCCUUUGUGCUGUGGGAUUACGAUACCUAAUGGCAAGACUUUGGAAGCAUAUGCAGAACGUCGAUGAGCCUGUGGAUACAGGUGACUUCAAUGAGCACUUACUUCUGUACAACGCGGAUGUCCUUGAGAUUGCGCAGCAAAUGCCGGAGAGGCAACGCCAAUACGGGUGGUUCUUCCGCUGUAAAUGCUCUCAGUGGCAUGCCUUGGUCUACUUGUUGACCCAUCUAUGCAAGCAUAAUCGUGGUGCUGCUAUCGAUCGAGCAUGGGAGUCUGUCAAUGCAUUUUUCACUUCUUUGGAGCAAAAGUACGAUCUUGCGGCUUCGAGAUUCUUUGAAGGAACCAUGGCAGGCAAGAAGAACGCUUUGUGGCAGCCGCUCUUGAGACUGCUGGAUAAGGCUCGCGAUCUUAGAGCCCAGUCCUGCAACGAAGGAUCAAGCAUGCCGCACGCACCUGGCACGACCCCUGAUGAAAACAAGAGUGCCCAAAUCAACGAGCGGUCUACUGGUGCACCUUUGGAACAAGAAGGUAUACUCGCAAAUCCCUUCCUUGGCCAGUCGUUCGACUUUGGAAGAGAGAUGAACUGGGAACAAGUAGAUCUCUGGGCCCACGACUUUCAGGCUGUACUUACUCAAGGUGACGGUACGAGUGAUGGUACAGAAAACCUUCGUGAUGAUAACCUGAGGGAGUUUGACUGGUGGUAGCUGUAUACAGCGUAGAUUAAAUAUCUUCUGGC